AUGAAGAACAGAAAGGCAGCUGGACCUGAUGACAUACCAGCAGAGGCCCUGAAGUCAUCAGUGGAGAUGCUGUACCCACUCUUCAAGAAGAUCUGGGAGGAAGAAGAGAUAACGACUGAUUGGAAAGAGGGUUAUCUAAUCAAGCUUCCAAAGGAAGGUGACCUCAGCAACUGUAGCAAUUACAGAGGUAUCACACUCCUGUCAGUACCAGGCAAAGUCUUUAACUGGAUCCUCCUAGAGCGGAUGAAGGAUGUAGUCAAUCCACAACUAUGAGAUGAACAAGCAAGCUUCCAGCAGAAUUGAUCAUGCAUGGACCAGAUUGCAACGCUGUGCAUCAUAGUCGAGCAGUCCUUGAAGUGGAACUCAUUGCUGUACAUUAACUUUUUUGACUAUGAGAAGGCGUUUGACAGUGUGGAUCGAGAGGUCCUAUGGAAGCUCCUCCGGCAUUACGGCAUCCCAGCCAAGGUGGUCAACCUGAUCAAGAGCUCAUAAGAGGGAAUGACCUGCAGAGUGAUCCACGGAGGACAGCUUACCAAUAGCUUCCAGGUGAUGACUGGAGUCCGAUAAGGAUGCUUGUUAUCCCCGUUCCUCUUCCUCAUAGCCAUUGACUGGAUCAUGAAAACAUCCACCAGCGAACGCAGAAAUGGAAUCCAGUGGACCUUGUGGAGUCAACUGGAUGACUUGUAUUUUGCCGACGACCUCACUCGUCUCUUCCACAGCCAGCAGCAGAUGCAAGAGAAGAUCAGUGUGUUGGCAGCUACAUCAGCACAGGUUGGAUUCAUCAUCCACAAGGAGAAGACCAAGAUCCUUAAGAUCCUUAAGACCAACUUCAGCAACAUCAACCCAAUCACCCUAAAUGGAAGUCCCCUGGACCAAGUACAGUUCUUUACCUACCUGGGCAGCAUCAUCGACCAGCAAGAUGGAACAGAUAAAAACCAAUGU